GGCUAACCCUGAUUAAGAAAAAUGAUUUGAUCCAUGCUAAGGGUAUAUCUAUAUAUUACCCAAUUCAAAUUUUUUAAAAUCAUUUCAAAUGGUGGUGUAGUUGAAUAUGACAAACUCGAAAAAUUUAACGAUAAGUUACCUUUUUUUUUUCUUUAUUUUUUAAAAGAGAAAAAUAGUAUGCAGUGUUUUCACAGUUAGUGACAUCUAGCGAAUAAAAGUCGAUUACACAAACGUGUCAUUUGCAAUUGCUGAUUAUGAUUAUCUCACAGUCACAAAUCCUGAAGACAGUAGUAGACAAGCCAUUUUGGAAAUAAGUGUAAUGUUGUUGUCAAUGUCAACAACCUUUUUCAUUGCAUCGUAGUUGUUUUUAUUUAAAAUUAAAGAAGUGAAAAAUAUAAACGUUAAACUUCAAUUACGUGGUGAUAUAUACAUAAUAGAACGCUGCAGUUGAACAAAAAUUAAUAUGAAUCGUACUGACGGUUUAAUACAGAGGAGAAGAGUAGUUAAUAGUAGCAAUACAUUAGGACAGGAUGGAAAUUCUGAUUCAAGUGGGAUUUCGAAUGACCAAUCAUCUGGUCAUGGACCUGAUCUCGAGGGUAAUUCAUUGAAAGAUUUUAAUUCUAAUCCAACCAUAGAUGAAGAUUCAGAUAAAGAAACCAGAUUGACGUUAAUGGAAGAAGUUUUGUUGCUUGGAUUAAAAGAUAAAGAGGGCUAUACUUCAUUUUGGAAUGACUGUAUAAGUUCUGGGUUGAGAGGAUGUAUAUUAGCAGAAUUAGGUUUACGUGGAAGAGUUGAAUUAGAAAAAGCUGGAAUGCGAAAGCGAGGUUUACUAACUAGAAAACUAUUGGUAAAAAAUGACGCUCCUACUGGUGACGUACUAUUGGAUGAAGCUUUAAAACAUCUAAAAGAAUAUGAACCACCAGAACCAGUUCAAAGUUGGAUUGAAUAUUUAAGCGGAGAAACAUGGAAUCCCCUAAAAUUGAGGUAUCAGUUGAAAAAUGUUCGAGAACGAUUGGCAAAAAAUUUAGUUGAAAAAGGUGUCCUCACAACAGAAAAACAAAAUUUUUUAUUAUUUGAUAUGACAACACACCCAUUGACUGACAAUCUAGCUAAAACUCGACUCGUUAAAAAGAUACAGGAAGCUGUUCUAUGUCGCUGGGUAAAUGAUGCUAGUCGUAUGGAUAGAAGAACUCUGGCACUCGUUUUUCUAGCCCAUGCAGCUGAUGUGUUAGAAAAUGCAUUCGCACCUUUAUCAGAUGAUGACUAUGAAGUGGCCAUGCGUCGAGUAAGAACAUUAUUAGAACUCGAUUUUGAAGCAGAAGCCUCUAAGUCCAAUGCAAAUCAAGUUUUAUGGGCUGUAUUCGCAGCAUUUACAAAGUAACACUAUCCUCUGAACUUAAAAUAUGAGGAGUCUACUCUAAACGUGACAUAAAUUACGAUCAAGUGGUUGGAAGUAUUCUAAUUUUACCACUUUGGAUAGAAAACUUCUUCCCCAAUGAUUCAUCUUCCCAACAUUUUACUGGCCAGAAAUUUUGCAGAAAGAAUAUGAUAAUAUAUUUCUCACCGCAAUUUUUUUUUUUUUAAUAUAAAUUGUUAUUGAGAAAAUAUUAUGUUUAUGUAUUGUAAGUAAUCAAAUUAAAAUAUAUAAAUGAAACCGUGAGUACAUUAUUAAACACAUAUUUAAACGAAUUAUUCUUGAUGAUAAUCUUAUCAAUGCCCAUGCUAUGAAAGUCAUUCCAGCACUGAUUUCAAUUUAUAUGAUAAAAUUGUAAA